CUGUAACCUGCCUGUGCCAGCACUCGGCCGACUUUGACUUAUUUUCAUUUCUGGAAGUCAGUGCAGUGCGGCUGUGAGUUACCUCGCAGAUUUUCCACAGCAUGCGGGCGUGGAAAGGUAUUAUUUUUAGGCCCGGUUUUUCCUUGCGAGUCCGGUUGGGGCGGAUGUGGCGCGGUGAGUAGCCCGUGCGGAUCCCAGCUCUAAAUCACGGACUGAAAUAGGUGUAGGAGUUGGCGUUGCUACAAUUUUAUUACAGUGAGAUCGAGCUUCAUGGUGUAUUGCCAUGAACUAGGCGUGCACCCCGCGAGCACAAUCGGUUAGAACGUGGUGUGAGUCGGACUGCAAGAAACGAUAAGACAACGCCCUACAUCACGGAAAAGUUGGUUCGUGUUGGUAAGCAGAAGCGGCUAGCUCGGGAGCGUGUUCUUCUUGCCCUUAGACCGGACAGUCGGUCGGCCGGUGGGUUUGUCGGUCGGUUGGCGUCAUCUCUCCGGCAUGGGCAACAAGGAAAGCACUCAUGGGGGCGGAGCCGACGGCCCGGACGGCUUCGAUCACAGCACCUCCACCAUUACUGUCUCCUCGGCCAAGCUGCGCGGGGACAGGAAAGACCGCAAGGACAAGGAUAAGAAGCCCAAGAAGGGCAAAACCCGCAAGGACUCCGUGAACGCAGCUGGAGGCGGGGGAGGAGGUGGUGGUGGCGGCGGCAGCAACGAGCAGGACCGGCAGAACCAUACCGGCGGAGACGUUGGCGGGCCGGGAGGGGGAGCGGGAAACGUGGGUGCCAUGAUCUCGGCUGGCGUGGGAAACGAACAAAUGGGGAUCAUGCACUCGCCGAGUACAAGACCUGCUGGUGAGCGGUACAAAGCAUUGUAUGACUACGAAGCCCGGACGGCCGACGAUCUUACUUUCCGAAAAGGAGAAAUACUCAUCAUUACAAAUAAAACUGACCCUAACUGGUGGUUGGCGACCUCCAUGCUGACAAAACGAGAAGGUUAUGUCCCGAGGAACUACAUUGAACCGGCGGACGUGCUACAGGCGGAGGAUUGGUUCUUUGAGAAGAUGACGAGAAAGGAAGCAGAGAAGCAGCUGCAACUGGCCGGCAACCCGCGGGGGACAUUCCUCAUUAGGGGCAGCGAGACGAGUCCAGGCGCCUACUCGUUAUCUGUGUUGGAUCAUGAUGAUUCGCGGGGGUUCAAUGUCAAGCACUACCGCAUCCGGACGCUAGACAACGGAGGCUACUACAUUAGUACCCGCAUCACCUUCCACACGCUGCACGACUUGGUCAACCACUACACGAGCCAAGCCGACGGUCUGGUCUGCCGCCUGCUGAACCCUUGCCCCCGCCAAAAGCCCGCCAUGUUCGAGAUCAGCAAGGACGUCUGGGAGAUCCCCCGCCGCUCCAUCAAGCUGGAGCGAAAGCUGGGCAACGGGCAGUUCGGCGAGGUUUGGGAAGGUGCGUUGCUGGAGAGAACCGAAGAGCAUUCCCGUACCUGGAACGGAACGGUACGAGUCGCCGUGAAGACUCUGAAGGAAGGCGCUAUGGAUCCAACAGCUUUCCUCCAGGAGGCCAACAUCAUGAAGAAGCUACGGCACCCGAAACUGGUCGCCCUUCUAGCGGUGUGCUCAGAGGGAGAGCCAAUCUACAUAGUGACCGAACUGAUGACAAACGGCUGCCUCUUGGAUUACCUCCAUGAGGGCGAGGGUAAGCAGCUACGGGAGCCCGAGCUCAUUGACAUCACAGCACAGGUCGCAGACGGCAUGGCUUACCUGGAGUCCCAACGAUUCGUCCAUCGCGACCUGGCGGCAAGGAAUAUUUUGGUGGGAGACCUCAGAAACUGCAAAGUUGCCGAUUUCGGGCUGUCGCGAAUUAUUGAGGACGAGUACAUCGCUAAAGAAGGCGCAAAGAUGCCCAUCAAAUGGACGGCUCCGGAGGCCAUAAACUUCGGCAAAUUCACCAUCAAGUCCGAUGUCUGGUCUUUUGGGAUCCUGAUUUACGAGGUCAUCACCAAAGGGCGGGUGCCUUAUCCGGGAAUGGUGAACCGUGAGGUCCUGGACCAGGUAUCACGUGGCUACCGAAUGCCCAAGCCACCCGAGUGCCCCGACCAGCUUUACGACAUCACCAAACAAUGUUGGGACGCCGUCCCGGAGAAGCGGCCCACCUUCGAGUUCCUCCACUCCUUCCUGGACGACUUUUACCAUGCCUCGGAGAUCCAGUACCAAUAAAGGUCUUGGCCUCAUCAGCGGCCAUCUUGGAUUAUGAGGGGAUCAUUAAUAUAACUGUGUAAAUUACGAGGCUACAAAAGGGAUACCAGGACCCGAAUCUUGUGCAAUGUUGACUAGCAAGAAGUAAAAGUUUGACGGAUCCCAUCAAUAUCCGAACAACGGACAAGCGUUUCUCGAAAUACCUGUAAGAAUGUACCAAGUGCUUGUACCAUCUCCGGGGGGUUGUAUAGUAAAUGAAAAUAUAUGCAUAGGAUUUUUUUUGUGUUACACGGCUGUGUCAGUUGCGCCCCUAGGGCCCUACAUUUUUUUAUGUAAAGAUUUAUUAAUGUACGUGUUCACUCAUUUUAAAGAAGUCCAUUACAGAUUCUUAAGUAAGUCACUCAAGUCGUCCAGUUGCUCGUCAACUAUUCGUAUGUUACUGUUCAUCUCCAAGGUGUCCUGUGGUCAGGCUUUUCAGUCAAGUUAUGGUUGGAGCGCGAUUUCAAAUUAUUGUCCUGCUGAUUAACCAACUAGCGUACUACGUUAUUCAUGUCUGACCAAGCCAGAGAUGUGAACUUUGACUUGUCGUUUGCGUGCGAAAUCGGCCUCCCGAGGUGUCAGUUUCAAACCCAAAGUGUUAGUAAAGGACAGAUACUUACUUCUGAAAUGUAAAUAGAAGGAAAAUUAAAAUGAAAUAAUAUAUAGCAGCAAUUAUGUUCUAAAGUUUGCUUUUGAGAAGAUUGCCGUUCGUGAAUACAUGUAUUAUAAAUGAAUUUUAGAAUUGCAUUAUUUUGUAAGUAAUGUCUUCCAUGAGACAUAAUGAAAAAGAAAAGAAUCUACAGAAUGUAUCAGUUUUCUGUAAUUUCAAAGGUGAUUUCGGCAAGGUGUGGUUUAUAGAAGUUAAUCAGAUAUGUGCGUUGCUUUCAGUGGGUUGUAAAUAUAUUGAAAAGGGGCACCAUUGACGACUAUUUCAGUGAAAUAACGCAAAAAUCAUUUACGAUUUCACUUAUUUAUUAACCUAUUCGUAUUACGCAAGUUGCACUUUUGGUGGAUUAUAUUGUACAUAUGCAAUAGAUCAAUUCUUAAUGUAAUUAAUUACGAAGGCAUUAACUAGUGAAGGUUGUGUAGUACAUCUUCAUAGCGUACGGUUAAUCUUCUCGGGAUAUAGCGGCCACAAUAGGAAAAUACUGUUGCAAACCUGUUCCUCGACAAUUCAAGGGCACCCUCCACAUAUUGAGAAGGCCAGUGAAGAGAAGGAAUCGUAGGCUGCAUCCGAAUCAGCCUCUAGAGCUAGGUCUAAGUCUGUGCCCAUUGAAGAUACACGUUGAUUUAGACGCAGCCAUAUAGUUCUAGAAACCCGUUUCGGACAAGCCAUUCACAUACAUGAGCCCUUCUCCGACUGGAGUGGCUGGGGACAUGAGUAACGCACGCGGCUAAGAGGAAGUGAUUGCGACUACUGACCAGUCAUUCCCAUAGACGCACUUAUCAUUUUAGCCUCAGCCACAACUUUCAGACAGCCAAAUCGCAUUUAAGACUAUGCUUUUCAACCAGCACUUCUUUGCACAAAAAAAGAGAAACAUUGUGACAAUUCAAAGUAUGAGAUACCACCAUGGAUGUUAAAUUAAUCUCAUUUUUCUAUUGUGUGCUUCUCAGAAGAACUGGUUGUCUUCAAUCGCUGUAUAGUGCACAUCAUUUAGCAUAGCACUGACCACAUCUCUCCACGGGGACUAACUGUUCGAAAAUUCUGACUGAAUGUGUUGCCUGAAAAGCUAAUUCUACCAGUAUCUUAAUUGGGUUUUAUCCUUUCCAUAAUUUUUAUAUAACCUCAUAUUUUAGUUUUCAUGAUGCUCACAUCACUGAUUGAUAAUACUGACAAUUUCAUAGGCUCUCUAUCUGCCUUGACUGGGUAUUUUUUUGAUUCAGGGUGUCAGUCUUGAUUUGAAACAAAUGUAGCUAGAAGAAAACAUUUAUUCAAGAUUUUGUACUUUAAGUGCUUCCUCAAAAGUGCAAUUACCUGUACAUUGUAUUUGAAAAAUGCAGCAUGCAGAUGAAGUGUUCUGGUGUAAAGUCCAGUACGUUGUAUAACUGUUUCCAUGUUUUCAAUAGUUUCGAACAGAAGAAAUUGACAAUUAGGUUCAAUUUCAAUUGUAAACGUAACUUUGAAAGUCCAGGGGAAAAUGCAAAACAUGAAUCAUUUAGUUACAUAAUUUCGAAAUAGGUUUGCCCAUUUUAAAACUGAAACUACUUUUUGUUUGAAAUAAAGCAACGUUUAUGCAAGCACCUUC